UCUAUUACCAGUUCUUCCUCCUGAGUUGAGACCAAUCAUUCAGAUAGAUGGGGGUAAACUAAUGAGCUCAGAUAUUAAUGAACUCUAUAGAAGAGUUAUCUAUCGGAACAAUACCCUUACCGAUCUAUUAACAACAAGUAGAUCUACGCCAGGAGAAUUAGUAAUGUGUCAGGAGAAAUUAGUACAAGAAGCUGUGGAUACACUUCUUGAUAAUGGAAUCUGGGGACAACCAAUGAGGGACGGUCAUAAUAAAGUUUACAAGUCAUUUUCUGAUGUAAUUGAAGGCAUAGAGGGAAGAUUUUGUGAGACUCUGCUUGGCAAACGAGUUGAUUAUUCAGGACGUUCUGUCAUUGUCGUGGGUCCUUCACUUUCAUUACGUCGAUGUCGAUUGCCUCGUGAAAUAGCAAUAGAACUUUUCCAGACAUUUGUCAUUCGUGGUCUAAUUAGACAACAUCUUGCUUCGAACAUAGGAGUUGCUAAGAGUAAAAUUUGAGAAAAAGAGCUGAUUGUAUGGGAAAUCCUUCAAGAAGUUAUGCAGGGACAUCCUGUAUUGCUGAAUAGAGCACCCACUCUGCAUAGAUUAGGCAUACAGGCAUUCCAGCCCGUUUUAGUGGAGGGGCGUGCUAUUUGUUUACAUCCAUUAGUUU